CUCCAUUGUUACUCAUUGCGGGAGAGAGUGUCGUUAGCCGCUUCCUUGCAUACCCGCUUCCUUGCAUACCCGCUUCAGCUAACUCUUCACUGCCCUAAUCAGGUAUGGAAACCGUCGUGGCGGAACCCGUGGCGCAACAGGCCGAUCCGACCCAGUCUCACUUUGAUGUCAAGCUCUUUAAUCGUUGGAGUUUCGAGGAAGUUCAGGUAACUGACAUUUCUUUGAGCGACUACAUUGGAGUACAACCUUCCAAACAUGCAACUUAUGUCCCCCACACAGCUGGGAGGUACUCUGUCAAGCGGUUCAGGAAAGCCCAGUGCCCCAUUAUUGAGAGGCUUACAAACUCACUGAUGAUGCAUGGCCGUAACAAUGGCAAGAAGCUCAUGGCUGUGAGGAUUGUGAGACAUGCCAUGGAAAUCAUACAUCUGCUAACUGACAUUAACCCCAUUCAAAUUAUAGUCGACGCUGUAAUCAACAGUGGCCCCCGUGAAGAUGCUACUAGGAUUGGGUCUGCAGGUGUUGUCAGGCGUCAGGCUGUUGAUAUUUCUCCUCUUCGUCGUGUAAACCAGGCCAUAUAUCUCCUGACCACUGGUGCUCGUGAAUCUGCAUUCAGAAACAUCAAGACUAUUGCUGAGUGUCUUGCCGAUGAGCUCAUUAAUGCUGCAAAGGGUUCGUCUAACAGUUAUGCCAUCAAGAAGAAGGAUGAAAUUGAGAGAGUUGCCAAGGCUAACCGUUGAGGAAUCCUCGAAGAGAUCUUUUCACAAGAAAAUUUUGUUUGUCUUAUCAAGGUCAUUAGUUUUGCAUGUUCUUUUACCUUAAACACGUGCUGAACAAUUUGCUGUUCUUUAUGUGUUAAGAUUUUAGUCUUUGUUGGAGAUUUCUUAGUUAGUUAAUAUAAGAAUGGGUUUAGUGGCUUAGUGAA